CCUCGGCCGCUCGACCUACGCAGCGGGCGUUUCGAAGCCCGAUUAAAAAAAAGUGAUAACCGGACAACAGACUCGAUCAGCCGGUAUUUAUAGUAUUGCGACGAGACUGGUUUCUAGUUUUACGCCGCGAAAGUUUUCGCUGUGUCUAGUGGCCCUAGCGGCGUUUAUUGGAAUUGUUUUGAUAUAUUCAGCCGGAACGUACAUGUGAUGAAAUGGCGCAGUACCUUCGCUGGUGUUUGAUCAUCGUCACAGCUCUAGGGAUCGCGUCAUGCAACGGCCAGAGCUCAAUACAGGACAGACAAAUGGAAGAUAGUACGCCGCCCAGCUUGAUGCGGGAGGUAGAAGACAACAGUCGGUACAAAACCCUGGAGGCCAAUGCUACUCUGCUCAAACUUCUCGUUGAUAACAAAGAUGGCGUCAGCAAGUCUGAAGUAUUCGACAUGCUGCAUUCCCGAGAUGACGAUCAGAGUCACGUGGACCUGCCCGUAUUUCCGGAAGAUGCCGAGGAUUCCCGAGUGGACGUGCCAAGCGCGCCCGACUCUCAGGUGGAAACUUUGCAAGCGCCAAGCGCCACAGUCCGCAAAGACUCCAUGCGUGCGCGGUACUCCAGCCGCGGAGAGCCCGUGGGCACUGCAGCGGGCAUCAUGGUGGUCAUCACUUGCACCAUCGUCUGUCUCGGCUACAUCGGAGUGGUGGUGUGGAGGAGGAUAUACCUUAAAAGAAAUGGUUUGAAGCACGAGCUAUUACGAAACGAGGAGAAUAUUGCAGAGACAAGAAUAGAAGUGAGUAAUCUGUGAACGAAAUGAGACAUCAGCGAAGGAGAUUCCUGAGGCCAACAUCUUUGACCGGUGGGACCGCACACGUCACGGAUGCAAAACAAUAACAACUUUAAGACUGAGUUAGUUCGUAGCAGAUUUGAACGACAGCGCCUACCUGGCAAAAUUAUGCUCGUUGAAAUUUGAGCUUUAUAACCUCGACUGUAGAUAUACAUUACAUAUUGUCCACAAAGUAGCGGACUCCUCGCUAUCGGUUCGCUUACAGCUCAUGUUGUCAAUGCAAAGUAUGUCUACAGAAGACGCCAUAAAGUUUACUUUUUAAUGAACUGUUUUUGUCGGGUGGGAGAGUUGCGGUAUAGAUCAGCUAUAUUACCUUUAGUUCUAGAUAUAUUUUGCCACAAUCUUGCAAAUCUUUUUCAUAAUUUUGAGGAUAAUUGUUUUGCUGAAUUACAUUUUUUCUUUUUUAGAUUUGACCUACUGUCUUAUACAGGCAUUUAAUACUCAUAUAGAGAACCUUUAAGAAAUUAUAAUAAGAAGGAUGUGUCUUGGAACAAAAUUUGAGUUAAUGUUUUUCUGACAUUACAUAGUAGUUAUAUUAUUGAAUUGAGGAAAUAAUCUUAAGUUGUGCCAUAAUAUUAGACGAUACGAUCAUCACAUUUCGCUUGCAUAUAUUUUUUUAAUACUUACAUAUAGAUAUUAAAUUAAAUUAAAUUUAUACAGGAUGUAACACACACCAUUAAACACAUGAAGUGGUAAGAUACGGUAACUUUUAUGUGAAUCUUUUAUUAUUAUUAAAACUCGCGACUGAUGACUACUUUUUAGAAGUCUUGAAACUUACUACUUAGACCAAAUCUUACUACAUCGUAUGUAUAAUAUGAAUACAUAUAGGUAUUUUGUAAUACCCUGUAAAUUAAUAUGAUUCUUACUUCAGAAGCAAGAACUUUUGAACAUACUAUACUACUAUAUUUAAUAAGAUUUUGAUCAUUUAUUUUUAAAUCUUGGUCUGUUUUUAUAGUCACUUUUUCAUUAUGUAGCUAUUAAAUUACGAUUGGCAUGUGUGUAAAUUGUAAUGUUAUUUAUUUUUAAAGUCGAAACAUGUCUGUGAUGUGAAUAACAUAAGGAAGUCAACAUUUAUUUAAUAAAUUUCUAAUAAUUAU